UCCGCCACGCUCAAGAUGGCGGAUAAGCCACGCCCCCCUCCCCUACGGCAAGCGGGAGGGGUCGAGAUUCGUCGGCGCAGGCGCAAUCGCGGCGUGACUAAGAUGGAGGCCGGGGCAGCGGCGCCGCCGCCGCUGUGGAGCGGGGGCCCGGCCCCGGGGGAAGUGUUCAUCCCGCGCGGGAGCGGGAUCGGUGCCGGGCCCGGCCGCCGCACGCUGAGCCCGAUGGUGACGGGGACGUCGGUGCUGGGGCUGAAGUUCUCCGGGGGCGUGAUCCUGGCCGCGGACACGGUGGGAUCCUACGGAUCCCUGGCGCGAUUCCGGGGAAUCUCCCGGCUCCUCAAGGUCAACGACUCCACCGUGCUGGGAGCCUCCGGGGAUCUGGCGGAUUUCCAGCACCUCAGGCAGCUCCUGGAGCAGAUGGUGAUCGACGAGGAGCUGCUGGGGGAUGGGCACAGCUACAGCCCCCGGGCUCUUCACUCGUGGCUCACUCGGCUCCUCUACAACCGGCGCUCCAAGAUCAAUCCCCUCUGGAAUUCCGUGCUCAUCGCCGGCGUCUACGGCGGGGAGAGUUUCCUGGGAUACGUGGAUAUGUUGGGAGUGGCCUACGAGGCUCCGUCGCUGGCCACGGGAUUCGGGGCUUACCUGGCCCAGCCGUUGCUGCGGGCGGCGCUGGAGCGGGAUCGGCUCCCGAGCCGGGAGGAGGCGCGAGAGCUGCUGGAGCGCUGCCUGCGCGUGCUCUACUACCGCGACGCUCGCUCCUUCAACAGGUACGAGGUCGCCGUGGUGACGGAGCAGGGGGUGGAGCUGGAGGGGCCCCUGACCCUGGAGGCCAACUGGGACAUCGCCCACGCCGUCAGGUGAGAUUCCAGGGAAAAAUCGGGAUUUGGGAAUUCCAGGAGGGUUCUGGAACAUCCUGGGGUGACAUCUGAGGGAUUCCAUGGGAAAAUCGGGAUUUGGGAAUUCCCAGAGGGUUCCUGGGAGAUCCCGGGGUGAUUUCCAUGGGAAAAACGGGAUUUGGGAAUUCCGAGGACAUCCUGGGGGUGACAUCCAAGAGAUUUCCAUGGAAAAAUCGGGAUUUGGGAAUUCCCAGAGGAUUCCUGGGAGAUCCCAGGGUGAUUUCCAUGGGAAAAUUGGGAUUUGGGAAUUCUGGGAGGGUUCUGGGAUAUCCUGGGGGUGACAUCUGAGAGAAUUCCAUGGGAAAAUCGGGAUUUGGGAAUUCAGAGAAGGUUCUGGGAUAUCAGGGGUGACAUCCAAGAGAUUUCCAUGGAAAAAUCGGGAUUUGGGAAUUCCCAGAAGGUUCUGGAACAUCAGGGAUGAAAUCCGAGAGAAUUCCAUGGGAAAAUUGGGAUUUGGGAAUUCCAGGAGGGCUCUGGAACAUCCUGGGGGUGACAUCUGAGAGAAUUCCAUGGAAAAAUCGGGAUUUGGGAAUUCUGAGAAGGUUCUGGGACAUCCUGGGGGUGACAUCCGAGGGAUUUCCGUGGGAAAAACGGGAUUUGGGAAUUCUGAGGACAUCCAGGGUGACAUCCAAGAGAAUUCCAUGGGAAAAUCGGGAUUUGGGAAUUCCUGGAGGGUUCUGGAACAUCCUGGGGUCACAUCCAGGAGAUUCCAUGGGAAAAUCGGGAUUUGGGAAUUCCCAGAAAGUUCUGGGACACCUGGGGGUGACAUCCGAGAGAUUCCAUGGAAAAUCGGGAUUUGGGAAUUCCAGGAGGGGUCCUGGGACAUCCUGGGGUGAUUUCCAUGGGAAAAAUGGGAUUUGGGAAUUCCCAGAGGGUUCUGGGAUAUCCUGGGGGUGACAUUUGAGAGAAUUCCAUGGAAAAAUUGGGAUUUGGGAAUUCCAGGAGGGUUCCUGGGACACCUGGGGGUGACAUCCAAGAGAAUUCCAUGGGAAAAACGGGAUUUGGGAAUUCUGAGGACAUCCUGGGGUGACAUCCAAGAGAUUUCCAUGGAAAAAUCGGGAUUUGGGAAUUCUGAGAGGGUUCUGGAACAUCCUGGGGUGAUUUCCAUGGGAAAAUCGGGAUUUGGGAAUUCCAGGGUGUAUCCAGGUGUCCCCAGGUGUAUCCAGGGUGUAUCCAGGUGUAUCCAGGUGUAUCCAGGUGUAUCCAGGUGUAUCCAGGUGUAUCCAGGUGUAUCCAGGUGUUCCUGGCUGUAUCCAGGUGUAUCCAGGUGUAUCCAGGUGUAUCCAGCUGUUCCAGGUGUAUCCAGGUGUAUCCAGGUGUAUCCAGGUGUAUCCAGGUGUUCCCAGGUGUAUCCCAGGUGUAUCCAGGUGUAUCCAGGUGUAUCCAGGUGUUCCCAGGUGUAUCCAGGUGUAUCCAGGUGUAUCCAGGUGUAUCCAGGUGUUCCUGGGUGUAUCCAGGUGUAUCCAGGUGUUCCCAGGUGUAUCCAGGUGUUCCCAGGUGUUCCCAGGUGUAUCCAGGUGUUCCCAGGUGUAUCCAGGUGUAUCCAGGUGUUCCAGGUGUAUCCAGGGUGUAUCCAGGUGUUCCCAGGUGUUCCCAGGUGUUCCCAGGUGUAUCCAGGUGUUCCCAGGUGUAUCCAGGUGUUCCUGAGGGUAUCCAGGUGUUCCCAGCUGUAUCCAGGUGUAUCCAGGUGUAUCCAGGUGUAUCCAGGUGUAUCCAGGUGUUCCAGGUGUAUCCAGGUGUUUCCAGGGUGUAUCCAGGUGUUCCCAGGGUGUAUCCAGGUGUAUCCAGGUGUAUCCAGGUGUAUCCAGGUGUAUCCAGGUGUUCCCAGGUGUAUCCAGGUGUUCCCAGGGUGUAUCCAGGUGUUCCUGGCUGUAUCCAGGUGUAUCCAGGUGUAUCCAGGUGUAUCCAGGUGUAUCCAGCUGUUCCAGGUGUUUUUCCUGCCCCUCUCACCCCCGUUUUUCCCACUUUUCCCGUUUUUCCAGCGGUUUCGAGUGAUCUCCGGGAGCUGCUCCGGCCUCAGCCUCGUCCUCCUCCAAUCCCUGCUUUUUUCCCAUCCCUUUUUUCCCCUCUGGAAUGGCCAAUCCAGCUUUUUUUGGGAAUAAAAUCCAUCCUUUCGAGACCCA